AUGCAGCCCUCCGAGAUCGCUAGCGCCGAUGAAGAUUGGCUGAUUGACCUUUGCCACGGGUGUCAAAACGAGGGUGGAAUGAUUGGAGGUGAAAAACACGGCUACAAAGUCAUCAAGAUUUCCGACCAGGUCGUAGUCAAAUACGGAUAUGUUCAGGAAUCCGAGGCAGCUACACAAGAGGCUGCAUUCAAUGCGGUAGACCAGAACAUUGUUCAAAUCCCUGAAGUCUACCGCUACAUCGAAUCCAAUCGAUCUUCACAACCAGUGGGAUAUCUCUUUAUGGAGCAUAUUCACGGUCGCACUCUCGACAAGGUUGAUCUCAAUGUGCACACUGAUAUUCCUUCACGAGUGGUGAAAAUACUUGAGCAUCUUGGUCAGAUUCGAAGUGCGGAUUCGAUACCGGGCCCUGUGAAAGGCGGGGAAGCUAUGGGAUAUAUCUUUGGCGACGAAGGUGCGAAAACGGCGUUCACUUCAUUGGAGCACCUGACUGCCUACAUGAAUAAAAGGCUGCAAUAUCGGAACGACUCUAUUGAUCUGGAGCCCUACGACCAGAACUUAGUGCUGUGCCAUGGUGACAUCUGCCGAAGAAACAUAAUUAUGAAGGAGGAUGGCGCCCUUACUCUCCUUGAUUGGGGAUACUCCGGGUUCUACCCUCGAUUUUUCGAGCUCGCCACCCUCUCAUGCGUGCUGCCUUACGACAAAGAGUUUCAGCCACUUGUCAAGAGAGAGUUUGAGGAAGUAUUAAACUUGACCGACCAAGAAAAGCAGGACAUGAAGUUCACACUCUGUGUCCGAGGCGCAAAUCUCAGAUGGUCUUUCGAUGAGCCUGCGCAGAGCUACGAGGAAACAUGCGAUAAAAUAUACCGAGACGCCCUUGCGAGUAAUGCAAUGCUUGCAAAAAAGCUCGAACUUGAAGAACCUAAAGUCUCAGAUCCUGCCAUAGAAACAAAGGUUUGA